CCCACAACCCCCCGCUGCACAUCAACUUACAGAACUGGCUCCUUUCGGCUCCGGGAGUGUUUCUCAUUUAAACAAACAGUACCGAAGAUGGCGGAGAGUUAAUGGUGGAGAAAUAUUGAUCCGAUACGUCUACGAGAUUCCACUGACCAGCCCCCAUAGGACCACACCCCCAGAGAGUGGGUGGAGACGCUGCCCAUCGCCUCAGCACUAUCACAAGGUGCUGAUAUGCGUACACCAUGAGCGGAUUGGGGGAGAACUCCAUGGAACCUCUGAGCUCAGAAAACCGGAAACGCAAACUCUCCACUUGUGACACGCCUGGUCUUGGGAGUGAGAGGAAGCGGCGGGAGCAGGAAAGUAAAUACAUCGAGGAGUUGGCGGAGCUGAUCUCGGCCAACCUAGGCGACAUCGACAGCUUCAAUGUCAAACCAGACAAGUGUGCCAUCCUCAAAGAGACAGUGCGCCAGAUCCGCCAGAUCAAAGAACAGGGCAAAUCUUCAACCAGUGACGAUGACGUUCAGAAAUCAGACGUUUCCUCAACAGGUCAGGGUGUCAUUGACAAGGACCACCUCGGACCGCUCCUGCUGCAGGCUCUGGACGGUUUCCUGUUUGUGGUGAACCGCGAGGGCAGCAUCGUGUUUGUGUCUGACAACGUGACUCAGUACCUGCAGUACAAACAGGACGAGCUCAUCAACACCAGUGUGUACAACAUUCUGCACGAAGAAGACAGGGAGGAGUUCCACAAGAACCUACCCAAGACUAACUUAAAUGGAGUGUCGUGGGGAAACGAGGCGACCAGACAGAAGAGUCACACUUUUAAUUGCCGAAUGCUCGUCAAGUUUGGCCACGGCCAUGGAGCCAUGGAGGAGGGGCCAGGAGGGCCGCGCUACGAGACCAUGCAGUGUUUUGCCCUCACGCAGCCUAAAGCCAUGAUUGAGGAGGGGGAAGAUCUGCAGUCAUGUAUGAUAUGUGUCUCUCGUCGAGUUACAGCCAUGGAGAGAACGGAGAGUUUCAACACCAGGCAUGAGCUCUCAGGUAAACUCAUCCAGAUUGACCAGAACUCUCUGCGAGCAUCGAUGCGUCCAGGCUGGGAGGACUUAUUGAGGCGUUGCAUUCAGAUGUUCCUUCAGCACAGUGACGGGCAACCCUGGUCGCACAAACGCCACUAUCAUGAAGCCUUUUUGCAGGGUCAUGCAGAGACGCCACUUUAUCGCUUCUCUUUGUCUGAUGGCACGCCGGUCACAGCGCAGACAAAGAGCAAACUGUACCGUCACCCAAUGAGCAACGAGCCGCAAGGCUUCAUUUCCACUCACCUCCUUCAGAGGGAACCGAAUGGCUACCGCCCAACUCAGGGUGGGAACAUGAUGCCCAACACCAUGAGGCAGCAAACCAUGGGAGGCCCCAACCCGAAUGCCCAAAUCAACAUGAACGCCAGUGGGGGGAUGGGCAUGGGGGGUAUGGGCGGAAUGAACAGGGCCUUCGGUAUGAAUGAGCAAGGCCACAUGGGUCCGAUGGGUGGCUGCUCCACAUAUGGAGGAGGCGGUGGUGGAGGGAGUGGAGGCAUGGGCAACCGCAUGAUGCAGAUGAGUCAUGGGGGACACAUGAAUCAAAUGAGUCCCAUGAACAACCCGGGCCAAGGCAUGCAGCAGCACCCACAACAGCCCCCCUUUCAGAGCAGUGGUGGCUUUGGGCUUAGUGGCUUGAACAGCCCUUCAGGAAGCCCCCGGAUGGGCGGUCACCAAUCCGGACUCCUAAUGUCACCCCGAAAUAGAGGUAGUCCAAAGAUGGGCUCCAACCAGUUUUCUCCAGGAGGCAUGCACUCUCCCAUGAGUGGCAUUUGCAGUGGUGCAGGAGGCAGUGGGAACACGACAACCUACUCCAGCAGCUCCCUAAACGCCUUACAAGCCAUCAGUGAAGGAGUAGGGAACUCCAUCCCCUCCACUCUGAUGUCUCAUUCGCCGGCCCAUAAACCUGACAGCUCUCCUAGUGUCCACUCUUCCUCUUCUUGCCAGCCAAACCAAAUGGCCAAACCAGCCCAGGACGGCUCCAAAAGCCCGGCAGGGGGCUUAGGGCUUGGACUUGGUGACCAUCACCACCUCAUGCACCAUCAUCACAAUCAUCAGCAUCCUCAGGCUGAGAGCUCUGGGGACAGACCUGACAGCCAGGCAGCUACAGCACCUAAAGAAUCUGUAGAAGGGGGAAGUGAGGGAGGUGGGGCAACAUCAGAGCCCGCUAGAAGAUUACCAGACAGUAAAGGUCAUAAGAAGUUGCUCCAGUUGCUCACCUCACCAACUGAAGAGCUCAAUGUAGGCGGCAGUGGACCAACAGGGCCCCCUAUUCCACCUCCAUCAACCAACAGCAGUACUCCAGUGACUUCAGAAAGUAAGGACCCAAUUGGGGGGAUGACCAGCUCCUUAUCCACGGGUGUGUCCUCUUCUUCCUCAGCCAGUGCCAAUUUAAGCCAGACAAGUGGGCUUGCGGGUGUGUCCACAUCAGCUAGCUACACAGGCUCACUGCAAGAAAAGCAUAAAAUCCUUCACAAGCUUCUCCAGAAUGGUAAUACUCCUGAUGAGGUGGCAAAGAUCACAGCAGAGGCUACAGGAAAGGUGGCACUAGGGAGCCAAGAGGGCAGUGAAGUAGGUACGGGAGGUCCCGGUACCGGGAAUGGUCCCGGCUUAAUCACUGAGCCCAAGCAGGAGCAGCUCAGCCCCAAGAAGGAGAAGACACACGCUCUCCUCCACUAUCUGCUCAACAAGGAUGAUUCCAAAGAGCCAUUGGAUGUCAAGCCCAAGCUGGAGGAGUUAGAGGGCAAGGGACCCUCUGGGACUGCUGGCGGUCCUCCACGGGGAGGCCCUGGAUCUGGCCAUGCACCUGAACAUCAUGAGAGUAAUAUCAAGUCAGAGCCACCUGAUGAUUUGCACAACCUUGAGUCUAUCCUGGGAGAUCUGAGGGGUUCAAGCUCUGAUUUAUACCCAGAUCAGGCUGGAAGUGCCGGACCAAAUGACAUGGGCAACAAACCACCGGGGUGCCUGGAUGAAAAUCUGCAGGCGAGUCCAGGUAUGGGUCCAGGGCCUCGAGGGCCCUUCCAAAGGUCCUUGUCUGUAGAGGGGAAGCCUCCAGUUGGGCUUGGAGGAGCUGGAAGACGACCUAUGCUAGUGAAGCAGGAGAAUAUGAUUGGUAGCCCAGAUGGCUACUCGGGAAACAUGGGGCCAAUGAAUAGGGGGAUGGUUACCCAGAGGUCUCCCAUGGGAGGAUCUGGAGAAUGGGGCAUACCCCGCUCCAGCACCAGUCCAGUGGGUUCAACUGGCCACCCCUCCAUGAUACGUCCCAACAUGGAGUACAGCGGCAGCAAGGGAAUGCUAGCGGGCCCCAUGGUGAGCCGCUCCAACAGUAUUCCAGGAUCCAGGUCUAUGCUUCAGCAGCAACUGAUGGAUAUGGGUGGCUCCACUGACAUGAUAGGUGUGAACACCUUCAGCCAGCAAGGUCAGCCCAACCAGUCUCCUUCAUGGCCUGAUACUCUGGUUGGUAUGGAGGGCAACAGACGGCAAUUUGCCAACACCCUGGAUGAACUUCUGGUCCCACCCACUACCAGUGAGGGUCAAAAUGACGAACGGGCACUGUUGGACCAGUUGGAUUCCCUUCUGAACAACACGGAUGGCAUCGCACUUGAGGAGAUAGACAGAGCGCUAGGCAUCCCAGACCUUGUUAGCCAGACACAGGGACCAGAACAGCAGCUGGAACCUUUUACUGGACAGGAACCAUCGAUGGUGCCGGACCAGAAGCCUCUUUAUGGACAAGGCUAUCCUGGACCCCCUACCAUGCCCAUGCAGACUGGCUACGGAGGAAAUCCAAUGCAGGGACAAAGCCAGCAGGGAGGAUUUGGGCCCAUGCUGUCUCAAAUGGGCCAAAGCAGCAGCUUCCCUGGCAUGGGUGGAAUGGGGGCCAUGGGGCACCCUCGUGCGAACAUGAUGAGGCCCAGGAUGAUGAGUACUAACAAGCCCAUGAGGCUCCAGCUGCAACAGAGGCUGCAGGGACAGCAGUUCAUGAACCAGACACGCCAGGCCAUGGGCAUAAAGAUGGAGAACCCUGGAGGCAACCCCGUCAUGCGGCCCGCCAUGCAACAAGGCAUGGCUGGACAGCAGGGUUUCCUGAACGCCCAGAUGAUGGCUCAGCGCAGCAGGGAGAUGGUGACCAUGCAGAUGAGGAGGCAGCGCAUGAUGAUGCUGAUGCAGCAACAGCAGCAACAGGCGGCCGCGGGUGGAUUCAGCCCGCCGCCAAACGUCACAGCUCCUGGUGGCAUGGACAAUCCUGUGGGCGUGCCGAACAUGGGUCAGCCUGGUCCACAGCAGUUCGGCUACGGAGGGAAUUAUAGCAUGAGCCAACAUGGAGACCCCUCGUUUGGCCCUUCCGGCAACAGUCCUCCUAACUCCAUGAUUCCAGGCCGCCUGGGUCCUCAAAACCCUAUGAUGCAACAGCACCCGCAGGGUGGUCCUAUGUACCAGGCUGCGGAUAUGAAGGGCUGGUCACAGGGAGGCAUGGGACGCAGCAGUUCCUACCCUCAGCAGCAGUUUGGCCAGCAAGUGACGCCAGGGCAGCAGCAAUUUGGGCAUCAAGGAAACCCGGGCCAAUACGGGGGCAUGAUGAUGAACGGCGGAGGAGGUGGUCACAUGGCGCAGAUGGCGGGGCAGAUGGGCAUGAAUCCGAUGGUGAUGGGACGCAUGAUGGGACCCGAUCAGAAAUAUUGCUGAACUCCAUGGCGGCCGGAUUGACUCGCCUCAUUGAACGCAGCAGGAGGACAUACGUGGGUGUGCGUGACAACCGCCACACGGGGGCGCACUUUUCCUUUUGAUGAUGCCUUGGCAGUCUGGCCUCUUCAGAAGUGUCAGACGCAGUGCUGAUGAAACUGAAAAAGUGAGAGACACGCUCACAUCUUUGCAGUUAGAUAGUCCUCUUCUAACAGGUGCGUGGACACGGUAGUCGGGCCGUACAGCGUCUCCGGGCUCAAGGUGCUCUCAGACUUGCGUGUUGGUGUUUGUGUGAGUGUGUGUGUGUGAAGCCUCCUUUGUGGAAUGUACUACGAAACUGCAUUGGAAAUGUGCAUUUCUUCUCAUUCUUCGAUGUCUCAUGUUUCCUCGGCGUCUCGCUCCCGGGGGUGGUGCCGACAGUGAAGAUGGUUGUAAGCGAGCCACUGGAUUGUGACACUCAGAUGAAUGUCAAUAAGCGGCAGCAACACAGUGUUUUGUUGGUCAAGGCUCGGCGGGCUAGCGUACGACUCAAUUACUCCUUGACUGAUUGCACUUUAAGAGAGGCCAACACGGAAAGGGUUGUGGCUAAAGAGGCCUUUACUCACGAAUGAAUCCAUAGCAGCAGAUAUCAACACUUUAUUUUCACAUGUUUUCUCCAACACCCGUGGAGAAGUAGGGGGGGGAUUAUGGGGAAAUGGGUCCGAGGUCUUUAAAGUGGGAACCAGUGGAAAAGUAGCAAGCACAGAUUUUAUCCAACACUCUUGUCGUCAGUCAUUUAGUAUAAGACUAGAAAUUGAUGGGGGGGGAAAGGAUCAUUUUGAAAACCAAACUGACGUAUAUUUAUACAGAUUGAAGAGGCGAUUGCUUUAUCAAUCCAUAGGAAAUAUUUUAAAUCAGAAAGUUGAAGAUAUUUUGGUUACCUUACAAGCAAAAGUUUGAAAGAAGGGAAGUAGAAAACUGGCCAAGUUGAUGUGUGUGUAAUCUCACACUAUAAAAGAAGUCAAUUUCCAGCAAUAAUCCUUCCUCCUGGUUCUCAUCUGUGUUGAUGCAUCAUUUCUUUAAAGCGGCGGUACUGCAGUAUUAGACACUGUGUCUUCUUUUGGAGACUUUUUCUUUUAUUGUUCAUAGAAAUUGUAAAUAGGCUUCAAAUGUACUAUAUAUAAAUAUAUAUAUAUGCUUUUGUAGGUCACAUACUUUUUUUGCACAGAUUGCAAGGCUUAAUAUUUAAUAAGUGUAAUUUUUCUUAUACCAUCAUAGGUCAUCUUUUAUUUUCUUUGGAGAAAAAAGGGCCUGCUUUUAUCCUUUUCUUUUUAAAAAAAAAGCAGUGUUUGUAUAAUUACUUCAUGCUGCGAUUUUUCUCCUUUUCAGAAAAAAAAAAAAAAAAAAGCACUUUUUAAUUUUCCAAUAACUUUUCUUUGUUUCAUGGUCUUUGUUAUAGAGGUGCUAGUGAACAAACACGUUCCUUUUAGAGUAAUUUCUUCGAGGUGAAAUGUAUCCCAAAAGAUUCAAUACAUGAUUAUUUAAGGCUUCACUUUACGCUCGGAUGUCUCAUUAAUAUUUCCUUAAUGAAAUUCCAUUAUUUCAUGCCAAUCUCACCUGGGGUUUACACUGUACUCUUUGGUAUUAGCCUCAGAAAGUUUUUAUCCUGUGGCUAACUUUUUAGAUUAAAAUGAUUGAUUAAAAACCCACUGGAAGCUACACGAGUCUGUUAAAUAUCACGUUAGUCUCUUUUAAUGUGUAACUUGUUGGAAUAUUUUUACUGAGUUCCCGUGAAGCUUCUAUCUACCUAUGAAGACAUGCUCAAUCCAAAGAGUUUUAUUUGGUUAUGUCGUUCUGCACUGCUUAGAGACACUUCCUGUGCUAGAUCGUACUCAUGUGAGCUUUUACUGUUGCACCUAUGAUAAGCCUUUGAAAAUGAUUGCAUAUGUUGUAGCCGCUCCCGUAGAAGAUAGAGUAGAGAGUACGAGUCCGGUUCUGCUGAGCUACUUUAUAUCGGAUUGGUCUUUCUUUCUGGAUUUCCGUUCUGUUCCGGCCAGAAUUACAGUGCAGGUCCUUCACAAAAGAUCGCUAGGACUUUCUUGAUCCAAAUUUUUCCCCCAGUCCAAAUAAAAAAUAUUCAAACAAUGCUUUGCUCUGAAAACGAUAAACUCCUGUUCGUUCGGUCAUGGUUGGAGCAGCAAAAAGAGAAAUGACAGGAUGUAAAAUACUGUUCUUUUCUUACCCUGUUGUUGAUGUUAAUAUUGUUGUAAAUACAAAUUUAUAUUUAAA